AUGGCAGCCCGCGAAAUCAUACUCUAUCACUACGGGGUAUCGCCCUUUGCGAGACGCACCGUAUGGUACCUCGCUCUACGAGGUAUUCCCUACAACCAAUGUCUCCAACCUGGCAUGUUGCCGCGGCCGGAUGUCGCUCGUCUCGGCAUCUCAUACCGUCGCAUUCCCAUCCUUUCCAUCGGCAGGGACAUUUACCUUGACACUCGCCUCCAGCUGCCCAAGCUGGAAGCAAUGUAUCCGGAGCUGCCACGUCUGGGCUCAAGCACUCCUGGAGAAAAAGGCAUAGAGCGCCUCCUCUCGGCCUUUAUCAUCGACGGCGGCAUCUUUCAGCACGCCGUGAAGCUGCUCCCGACAGAUCUGCCGUUCCUCAAAGACCCAAGGUACUUCAAGGACAGGAGCGAUUUCACGGGCGCCGAGCUCAGCGUGGAAGGGAUGAAGAGAGCCCGGCCUGAAGCGCUGGGGGAGAUUGCGGCGGCGUUUGAGCUGAUGGAGACGACGUUCCUGGCGGACGGCAGGCAGUGGAUCCUCAAGACGGAGCGGCCUGGGCUGGCGGACAUUGAGGCCGUCUGGGUGUUUCACUGGCUCUCUGGGAUUCCGGGCGCGCUGCCCGCAGACAGGUUCUCGGCGGACAAGUUCCCGCGGGUGUAUGCGUGGGUCAAGCGCUUCCAGGAGGCUGUCUCGGCUGCGAAGAAGCGCCUUGGAAAGCAGCCCAGGACGCUGAAUGGCGAAGAGGCGGCGAGGAUGAUUGAGAGUUCGUCGUGGAACGAGGAGGAGGAGGGGACGGUGGAUGGGGAUGAUCCGUUGGUUGUAGCGGAGGGCUUGAAGAAGGGCGGCUUGGUCGCGAUCUCGCCGACGGACACGGGCAGGGCGCAUAAGGACGUGGGAAAGCUGGUGAGCUUGAACAAGGACGAGGUUGUGAUUGAGGUCAAGACUGCAAAGGGCGAGGGUGUGCGGGUGCAUGCGCCGAGGCACGGGUAUAAGGUGAGGAGGUUUGACGGGGAGGGGGCCGGUGCGAAGUUGUGA